UUCAGAGAAACUGAAACUGAAGUGUAGCUGAGUUGUUGUGUGUUUGUGUCUCUGUGUUCAUGCUGUAAAAUGGCAGAAGCCAGAUUUUCUCAGGAUGAGUUCAUGUGUUCAGUGUGUCUGGAUCUCCUGAAGGAUCCAGUGACCAUCCACUGUGGACACAGUUACUGUAAGAUCUGCAUUACAGGCUGCUGGGAUCAGGAGGAUGAGAAGAGAGUCUACAGCUGCCCUCAGUGCAGACAGACCUUCAGUCCAAGACCUGCUUUGGGUAAAAACACCAUUCUGGCUGAAAUGGUGGAGAAACUGAAGAAGACUAAAAUUCCUGCUGACUGUUACGCUGGAGCUGGAGAUGUGCAGUGUGACGUCUGUACUGGAAGAAAACACAAAGCCGUCAAGUCCUGUCUGGUGUGUCUGAACUCUUACUGUCAGAAUCACCUUGAACAACAUGAGAGUUUGUUUAAAGGAAAGAGACACAAUCUGACUGAAGCCACUGGACGACUGCAGGAGAUGAUCUGCCCGAAACACGACAAGAUCCUUGAGAUUUUCUGCCGCACUGAUCAGAAGUGUAUAUGUCUGCUGUGUACGAUGGAUGAACAUAAAAACCAUGACACUGUAUCAGUUGCUGCACAGAGGACAGACAAACAGCACCAGCUGAAGGAGACGCAGAGGUUGUUCCAGCAGAGGAUCCAGCAGAGAGAGAAAGAUCUUCAGCAGCUGAGAGAGGCUGUGGAGUCUCAUAAGCGCUCUGCACAGACAGCAGUGGAGGACAGUGAGAGGAUCUUCACUGAGCUCAUCCACUCCAUUGAAAGAAGCUGCUCUGAGGUCACUCAGCUGAUCAGAGAUCAGGAAAAGACUGCAGUGAGUCGAGCUGAAGGACGACUGGAGCGACUGGAGCAGGAGAUCAAUGAUCUGAGGAGGAGAGAUGCUGAGCUGGAGCAGCUUUCACACACACAGGAUCACAUCCAUUUCCUGCAGAGUUUCCAGUCUCUCUCAGCUCCUCCUGAAUCUACAGACGUAAAUGAUGAUCCCUUCAGUUCUCUCUCCUCUUUUGAUGUUGUGAGAGAAUCUGUCCUUCAUCUGAGAGACAAACUGGAGGAUUUCUGCAAAGAGGAGCUGAAGAAGAUCUCUGACAGAGUCACUUUCACCAACAUUGUUCACUGGACCAGGAUCGACUUCCUACAAUAUUUGCAUCCGAUCUCUCUGGAUCUGAACACAGUGUAUAAAUGCCUCUGUCUGUCUGAGGGGAACAAAGUGAUUACUGGCACGUUCAACGUCCAACCGUAUCCUGAUCAUCCAGACAGAUUUGAUGUGUGUCAGGUGUUGUGUAGAGAGAGUGUGUGUGGACGCUGUUACUGGGAGAUUGAGUGGAGUGGGAAUGGUGUGCGUAUAUCAGUGUCAUAUAAGAGCAUCAGCAGGAAGGGACAGGGUAAUGAGCGUUUGCUUGGACGUAACAAUCAGUCCUGGAGUUUAGACUGUUCUCCAUCUAAAUGCUCAUUCUAUCACAAUAACAUAGAGACUGAACUCCCUGUAGAGUCCAUCAGCAUUAGAAUAGGAGUGUAUGUGGAUCACAGUGCAGGAACUCUGUCCUUCUACAGCAUCUCUGGAGACACAAUGAGCCUCAUCCACACAGUCCAGACCACAUUCACUCAACCGCUCUAUCCUGGGUUUUAUGUUCGUUAUGGAUCAUCAGUGAAACUGUGUUGAUGAAUCAGAAUAGACUGUAGAGAGAUUCUACCUAUAAUGCUUUUAGCUGCAUGAUAAAUCAUCAUGUCAGAAUAAAUACGUGUAAUGAAUCCUCAUAUAGACGGUAAGAUCAGUGUUUGAGUCAUGAUGAGUGACGGUGUGUAUCUGUGCUUUUCUCAAGCUCUAUUUGUGUUGAUGGAAAUCACAGUCAUCAAGUUGUUAUUGUAAUGUCACAUAAAUCAUUUUAAUAUUACUGUUAAAAUUACCUUCCAACUGAAAUGAUUACACACAGGAUUCAUUCAGAAGUAUCAUUCAAUAAAAAAUUUUUAUUUGUUGUAAAAUUGAUGUCAAUUUAUUAAUAAAUGUGACAUAUAUAAACCCAUAUCUGAUCAUACUGUACUGUACUACUGUAAACUCUUGAUCAGUGAAAAUAUGAGCACAAUUAGUCUAAUCUAAUCCAGUUUGCUUUAAAUAAACCUCCUCCUUGUCACAGUC